AUGGGUGUUGAGCGCUUAGAUCAAAUUUCUAGCCCUCAAAGACCAGGACGAUACUCUGAGUUCACUAAGAUCGAGAAAUGGAUUAUCAUCUCCAUUGUAUCCUACGCGACUUGGUUCUCAGGACUGAGUAGUUUUAUUUACUACCCGGCCAUUAACGCACUGUCGGAGACAUUAUCUGUUUCUAUCGAAAAGAUCAAUUUAACGAUAACAUCCUACCUCGCUGUCGCCACAGUGGCCCCUGCCAUGUUCGGUGACUUCGCUGAUGUCCUUGGUCGACGUCCGGUAUAUUUGAUGACGCUCAGUCUCUAUUUCGUGGCAAACGUGUCGAUUGCGUUGUCAAAAACCUAUUCUGCACUGAUAGGCCUGAGAGCACUACAGGCAUUGGCAAUUUCUGGCACAAAUGCUUUCGUGUAUGGUGUUAUCGCAGAUAUUGCGUCGCCAGCUGAGCGCGGUUCUUUUGUCAGCGUAGUAUCUUUCAGGUUUGUUCUUGUCUACUUCAUCUCUAUGAAUGCAUCAGUCCAAUUAUCGUCAGAUAUACUGACCCUUAUCAGCGUCACAAUCGGACCGAGCGUUGGUCCGAUUAUUGGCGGACUCUUGACUUAUGCUGCGGGAUGGCCUUGGAUAUUCUGGUUUCUUUGCAUAGCCGCAGGACUAUGCCUUGUGUUGGUCAUAUUUCUAUUGCCCGAAACUUGUCGACAGGUCGUUGGCAGUGGGUUGACCCCCCCGCCAAGAUACUCUCGACUGCCGUAUCAGGGUUUCAUGCACCAUUGGAAAGGAACGAAUGACCAACAGAGUCGUCAGUCGAAAACGAGAACGCCAAAUCCAUUGAAAUCCAUCACGAUUCUUUUCCGUCGAGAUAACACCGUUGUCAUAUUUGCGGCCGGCCUUCUCUACCUGGUUUACACACAAGGACUGCCUACAGAUAAGAUCGCUGGAGACGACCUAGGUAACUUUCCGAUUGAGAAAGCACGUCUCAGCGUCAUGUGGACACCGCUUGCUAUUACAAUCUUAGCACUUGUCGCGUAUGGCUGGGUAGUGCACUAUCGCCGGCACAUUGCACUACCUCUUGUUCUUCAAUUCAUUCUUGGAAUGUCUUUACAAUUUGUUUUCAGCAUCUACAACACACUGUUAACAGACAAGAAUCACAAUGCAGCAGCAGCCGCUCAAGCCUCGAGCAACCUGAUACGAUGUACUCUGGCGACUAUUGCUGUGGCUUUCUUGCAGAAAAUGCUGGAUAUUAUGGGCGCUGGAUGGACAUAUACGUUGCUAAGUGCUUUAAGUUUGAUGGCAAUGGUCCUUUUUUGCAUUGAUUAUCGUAUGGGGACAAAGUGGCGGCAAGCUGCCCUCGAGCCUUGCAAUCCAUGA